CUGCAGGCUAUAGCUUUGAUUAACUGAAAUUAACAGGAAGCCAUUAUUGCCUAUAGCUUACGACUCUCAAUUUGGCCAGUUUCAGAACGGAGGAGAUGGCGACGAAGCUGCUGCUGCUGCCGCCGCCACCGCCGGCGGGACAGAAGACAAUAAUGUUGCAACUCUUUGUAAUUUUGACUUCUCUGAUCUCUUCAGCAUUGAGGCAAGUUUCUUUCACCUCCACCUUUGAACCCGAUUCUCCAUUGACAGCUGAUUCCUUUCUUCCUUCCCUCCAACAAAUUUUACAGUGCCUGGAAGUCCCACACCGCCCUCAGUACAGCGGCGGAAUCAUACUCAACCCAGAACUCAACCGCGGUUCGGCCGGUUGGUCCGGAUUCGGAACCGCCCAAAUCCAACACAGGGUUUCAUCCAAAACUGGCAACCACUUCAUCGUCUCACAUUCAAGAACUCAACCACACCACAGCGCUUCUCAGAAAGUUUACCUGCUGAAAGACCGCCUCUAUGCUUUCUCCGCUUGGUUGCAAGUCAGCCAGGGGAAUGUCGCCGUGACGGCGGGUUUCAAGACCUCCGAUGGGGGUUUCAUCCCCGCCGGAGCAGUGAUCGCCGAGCCUGGUUGCUGGUCCAUGCUCAAAGGCGGCAUCACCGUCAACACCUCCGGCGAGGCAGAGCUCUACUUCCACACCCGGAACUCCACCGCCGAUUUGUGGGUCGAUAGCGUGUCGUUGCAGCCCUUUACACAUCAGGAAUGGCGGUCUCAUCAAGAUCGAAGCAUUGAGCAGACAAGGAAGGAGAAGGUGAGAAUCCAGGUUGUGGAUAAACAGGGGAAUCCCCUGCCCAACGCAAAUGUGACCAUCAACCAGAACGGAUUGAGUUUUCCUUUUGGAUGCGCCAUCAACAAGAACAUUCUCUCAAAUGCUGCCUACAAGAACUGGUUCACAUCGAGAGGGUUUCGAGUCACGACGUUCGAGAACGAGAUGAAGUGGUACACCAACGAGCCCUCGAGGGGCAGAGAGGACUACUCUGCCGCCGACGCCCUGCUCUGGUUCGCCCAGCAGCACAAUGUGGCGGUUCGCGGCCACAACGUGCUGUGGGACGAUCCCAAUUACCAGCAAGGGUGGCUUAAUUCGCUCUCACCGCGGGACUUUGGGACCGCGGUCAGGACGAGGAUCAACUCCGUGGUGUCGAGGUACAAGGGGAAGUUGGUCGCGUGGGAUGUGGUGAACGAGAAUCUGCAUUUCUCCGCGCUGGAGAACAAGCUGGGAAGCUACGCUUCGGCGCUUGCUUACAAUCUGGCUUAUAAAAUUGAUUGGGAGACGCCGCUGUUUAUGAACGAGUACAACACAAUCGAGGAGAGUGGGGAUCCGGCUUCGACGCCGGUGAAGUACCUGCAGAAGCUGAGAGGGAUCAGGAGGUUUUCCAACAACAACUGGAUCAAGUUCGGGAUCGGUCUGGAGUCUCAUUUUGGGGUCCCUAAUCUUGCUUACAUGAGAGCGUCGAUUGAUACUCUGGCUGCUGCCAAUGUGCCCAUCUGGCUCACCGAGGUCGAUGUCAAAUCGAGCCCCGAUCAGGCGAGUUACCUGGAGCAGGUUCUGAGGGAAGGCCACGCUCAUCCCAAGGUGUCCGGAAUGGUGGUGUGGGCGGCGUGGAGUCCGCAAGGCUGCUACAGAAUGUGUUUGACGGAUAACAAUUUCAGGAACCUGCCGACUGGGGAUGUGGUGGACAAGCUGCUGCACGAGUGGGGUGGUGGCCGAGAAGCUUCUGUCGUUGGAGAGACCGACGCGAAUGGCUACUUGGAGGCUUCUCUGUUCCAUGGAGAUUACAAUGUAUCGAUUGUUCACCCGAGAUUGGGGAAUUCUGGUUUGGUGCGGAAGGUUGUGUGCCUGAAAGUGCCUCUGGAAGCUCAAUAUGGAGGAGGAAUGAUUGGAAACUUGGAGGGAUUGUAUGGUAUUGCAUACAAUAGGACAUAUUCACAUGAUUCUGUUUUUAAGACAGUUCAAGUCGUGGAAGGGAAUCUCUAUGUUUUCUCAGGAUGGGUCCAAGUUACUGACGAGAGUCGAGAAGUAGGCGUUGUUUUCAAGACAAAUCGCGGAGAGCUGAUUCGAGGUGGCAGAGUUACCGCAAAGGCAGGAUGUUGGUCUUUCUUGAAAGGUGGCAUCUUCGCAAACUUUUCAGGCCCUGUUGAGAUUCUCUUUGAGAGCAAGAAUACAAGUGCUGAAAUAUGGAUUGAAAAUGUCUCAUUGCACCCUUUCACAAUGAGCGAAUGGAGAUCUCAUCAGGACAGAAGAGUUGCAACGGAAAGAAAGAGCAAGGUGAGAUUUCAGGUAAAGUACAAGAAUGGAACUUCAUUGAGAGGUGCUAAGGUGACACUCAACCAGAUCAGUCCAGAAUUCCCAUUUGGGUGUGGGAUGAACUAUCGCAUCCUGAGCAGCACAGGCUAUCAGGAAUGGUUCGCUUCGAGGUUCAAGUACACGACAUUCACCAACGAGAUGAAAUGGUACAGCACCGAGAAGAGGCAAGGCCAAGAGAACUACACAACAGCAGAUGCCAUGAUGAAGUUUGCCAAAGAGAAGGGGAUUUCCGUACGAGGACACAAUAUCUUCUGGGAUGACCCCAAGUAUCAACCUGGUUGGGUUAGGGACCUUAGCUCGGAGGAACUGGCAGAAGCAGCAGCAAAGAGAAUUGACUCGGUGGUUUCCAGAUAUGCAGGAGGGCAGCUGAUUGCUUGGGAUGUAAUGAACGAGAACUUACACUUCAGCUUCUUCGAGGACAGACUUGGCAGAAAUGCUUCUGCUGAGUAUUUCUUAAGAGCUCACCAGCUUGAUCCGAAUGUGAGAUUGUUCAUGAAUGAAUACAACACCAUUGAGUACAGCGGCGAUGAGGAUGCUGAUCCAGUAAACUACAGGAACAGAUUUGAGGAGAUUCUGUCAUACCCCGGGAACCAAGAGAUAAAGGCAGGAAUAGGUGUUCAGGGACACUUUUCUUACAAGCAGCCUAACCUUGCUUACAUGAGAAGUUCCUUAGACAUUCUAGCUUCAACAGGAAUUCCAAUAUGGCUUACUGAAGUCAGCAUUGGGCCAGGGCCAAAUCAGGCAGAAUACUUGGAACAGGUGCUGAGGGAAGCCUACUCUCAUCCUGGGGUGGAAGGGAUUAUCAUGUUUGCAGGACCAGAAGCAGGCGGUUUCAACGAGACAACCUUAGCAGACAAGGAUUUCAACAACACUGCUGCUGGAGAUGUGGUGGAUAAGCUGAUUCAUGAGUGGGAAACCAAACCUGCAACUUUUGAAUCGGAUGAGAAAGGGUUCUUUGAAGCUUUACUGUUCCAUGGCGACUACAACAUAAGUGUUGAAUAUCCAGACGAAACCACCGAUCCAUCGUCAGCUUUCUUGCAUUACAAGGUUUCCAAAGAUGUUAAAUUACAGGAUCCACUCUCCACGUUCCUGAUAGACUUGGUUCAGACGAGCAAAGGAAGUGGGAUCGUUGUGGAUGCUGUCGUCAGGACUUCUAGCGGCGAACUCCACAAUAUCGGCAAAGCCAUUGCUAGCAAUGGGUGCUGGUCUAUGCUCAAAGGUGGCUUGUCUCCAAACUCAUCAGGCCUUGCAGAGGUUUCGUUUCAGAGCAAGGAUCCAACAGCUGAAGUAUGGGUUGAGAAUGUCGCCCUGCAACAAUUCACCAUGAAGCAAUGGAGAUCGCACCAGGACCACAUCAUCGAAAAGUUCGGAUGCGGGAUGAACCUCCACAUCCUCUCCUCCAAACCCUACCGCAACUGGUUCGCCUCGCGAUUCAAGCACACGACAUUCACAAACGCCAUGAAAUGGUACAGCACAGAAUUAGUCCAGGGACAGGAGAACUACACCACGCCGGACGCCAUGCUUCGAUUCUGCAAGAAACACAACAUCUCCAUCAGGGGCCACAACGUGUUCUGGGACAACCCCAAAUGCCAGCCCCAGUGGGUGAAGAACCUGACGGGGGAGGAACUCGAGCAGCCGCGGCGGAGAGGAUGA